AUGUCCUUCCUCCACAACCUUUUCAGUUCGCCCGGUAAACACCCACCUCCCAAGAAGCGUAAUUUACCAGAUCCAGAUACAGAUAUAGCGCGCUCGGGCGGCAAGAGGAAGAGAGACGCGUAUGAUCCAGAGGAAUACCAGAAUGCGGUUUACGCUGGUGCGGGUACGGUGAAGGUUCAUGGAGAUGAUGGAUAUGAGAUGAAUGAGGAUGAGCUGGAUGAGGAGGUAGCGGCAGCGUGCCAACUUCAAGACGAAGCUGAAUUUGAAGCUGGUGUUGAGAUUGGAGAGGAUGAUGAUGGAGAUGAUGAAGCUCGGCCGAAUGCGACUCCCAAAUCCGUACGCAAACUUUCGCGCGAUUUGUACAACGCGGUUGAAGCGCGUGGGACAGGUAGUAGGGCUAGUAAGACAGAGACACACGACAAAGCAGGGAAGACGCUGGCGAGUACAAGCACGCAUCUAGCGAUGUCGCCGUCGCCAUCAACAUGCACAGGCAGCGAGACCGAGAACGAAGAAGACGAGAUCCUCAAUGAGAUAGAUUGGUCCAGCAGCGACGACGACCUGCAACUAUCAUUUUCUCCCACCACUUCGUCGGCCGGGCUAGACGUGACUAGUACUGGCGAGAUCGAAACACCCGCCGACAAAUGGUCCGAGCAACCCAACCUACGCGCCCGCGAACUCCUCUCUUCACCGCGCCUUAUCCGCGCAGAACUACCUUCAGAACCACUGUACGCCUUCCGCGACGCCGAAAUCCGCGACGGUUUAUGGUCGCUCAUGUCCUCUGUCGAAGAUUUCUCAAAAGCCUACUUUCCAUCCGGUGCACACGCUUCCCACACCACCACCACCACCACAGACGAGAAUGGGGAUGGCGAUGCGGAUGUGUUGAUAAAGAAAGAGUGGUUCUCGAGUUUAGCGCCAGAGACAACGAAACUAAUCAACUGUGUGGCGAGUGGAGGGCCGAGCGGACUAUGGGGAUGGCACGAUCUUUUUGUCAACAAAGAGAAAUUGCGUGCAUUGGUUUGUGCGAUGAUUGGGAAUGUGUUAAGUGAGCAGGUUUUGCAGCAUGGGUUUUUUGGGGGAGGGGAGGAGGGUGUGGCAGCUUUGAGCAAGGUGCAGAGGGAGGGGAAGGAUGAGGAUGGUUUCACCCGCAACGCCCACUACGCAACAACCAUCCUCACCCACCUCCCCACCUCUACAUCCCUCCCGCACAACUUCAACGCGCACGUCAACACCAUCAUCGGAGCACUAUGGAUACAUCUCUCGCCCCUCCUCUCCCUAGUUUGCCCACCUACGUACCCCGCCUCCACACCACUCCCUAUCCCCCCUCCGACACUCAAAGAUAUAUUCAACCCCCUCCGCCACCUCGUCGUUUCCGCCGGCCUCCUCUCCCUGCACAUGCACCUCGACCCACACACAGCAUACCACCACGUCCCGCUCUUCAAAGAAGAUAACUAUGAUUCAUCGAUUAUGGAAUGUUGGAACGACCCCUCCAUGCGACAAAGAAAUAUGCGGAAUAAGUACGAAGACGUAGACGAGGAUGAACAGAAGCGGCGUGAUGCGUUGAGUGAGACUGAGAAGAAGCGUGCGAGGGGUGAUACGGCGUUGACGCAGAUCCUAUGUUUCAAUGGGGUGACUGCGUAUCGGAAAGGUGGGUGGGAGGUUGGUUCGUCUACCCCUAACAAUCCCGUCUACGAGAAAGGAGAGUACAAGAAUAUGGGUGUGAGGAUGAGGAUGCUUACGCAGGGGUUGGUGUAUUGUCGCUGGGGACGGGCGCUUAGUUCGCAAAAGACUGCUGAGAUGGAUAAUGAGACGGGGAAGAAGAUACAUGGGGAUGCGUGGAGAGAGGGUGGGUUUAUGCAGUUUACGGAUGUGGAGGGUGUGUUUGAUUGGUUGGGGGCGGAGAGGAAGGAGAACGCGGAUGCGAGGGAGGCACUCAUUGGGAGGAUGGCUGAGAGGGCGCACGCCGCUGCUGCUGAGGGGACGGUGCUGCAGGCUGAAGGGGCCAAGAAGAAGGGGAAAGGGAAGAGGAAGCCGCGUGGGGAGAUUGGGGACGCUGAUCCGGAUCGUUGA